AUGAAUAUAUCUGAAUAUUUGAAAUUCAAUAAUAGUGUUCUUCCUCCAAAAGGUUCUUUAAUUUCUGUUACAUCAACCGUAUCUGUUUCUCCAAUUUUCAUUAUUUAUCAUUUUAUACGCACGUCAAUUCAGAAUAAUAGAGCAGUUGUUCUUGUUUCUUUUCUAAAUGAUUUUCAGGAACUUGUUUUUCUUUCUAAAAAAUGGGGCUUUGAUUUUGCUUCAAAAACGUGUUCUGAAAAGUUGGUGUAUGUUGACGGGUUAACUAUGCUAUAUGGUUAUCUUUCAGAAGAACAAUGUAAAAAAUAUGAAUUAUUCUCUACAAUACGGAUUACCCUUUAUGGAGAGUCGAAUUUGGAUGAUAUUUUUUCAGCAAUUCGGUCAGGUAUUGAUAAGGGUUCAUCUUUGAAUGAGAUGCCAUCUUUGAUUCUAUGGGGUGCUGAUUUUCUUGUUGCAAGUGAAAUUCUUACUCCUUCUGAUAUUCUUUCCAUGAUUUCUAUUUGUAAAGAGAUGGUUCAUCAUUGUAUAGUAACAUUCAAUGUGGAUUUUGCUUUUUUAUCACCAAAAAGAAGGUCUUCAGAACUUGAAGUAAAUUAUUCAAUCUUUGUUCAUUCAAUUAUAUAUCAAUCUCAUUCAAUUAUUAGUUUGCGGCAAUUGCCAAGUGGAAGAGCUAAGGAAGUAACAGGUAUUAUUCGGCUUUCUCGAGGUUCGGGCUAUUAUGCUGCACAAGAUAACACUGAAGUAUCUGCUUCUGAUACUAAAGAAUCAGGAUGCACUCAGUUUGAAAUGUUUUACUGGGUUUAUGAUUUAGGUGUACGGAUUUUCCCUAAAGGUACUUUUUUUUAA